AUGAAGUUGGCUUUGCACAGGAUAGCAGGCACCACAAUGAGCACGCUGACGACAGGUGUCCAGUAUCUCGGCUCAAACGACGCCAGCUACGACGACCCCUCCAUUGACUCGACUCUAAUCAAGAACAGAUUCCACUUUGGGAAACCUCACUCUGCCUCGGAUAGUAACUCUGCACUCGCCCCUGGAAAUAAGGAGGUCCUCUACAGCGGCCUCGCUCCAAUUUUCCCCACCAACGUGACAGACUUUCUGCUGGGUAAUGGCACCGCUGUGGAGAGCAGCGGGGCGGUUCAGUGCGGGGAGGACUUUGUGGACAACAUGGAGUGUUUUAUGAUCCUAACUCCUGGUCAGCAGCUCGCAGUGGCCAUCUUGGCACUCACCCUGGGUACGUUUACGGUGCUGGAGAACCUCAUGGUGCUGUGUGUGAUCCUACACUCCCAGACGCUUCGAUCUCGGCCUUCCUAUCACUUCAUAGGCAGCCUGGCUGUGGCUGAUCUGAUUGGAAGCAUCAUUUUUGUCUACAGCUUCCUGGACUUUCACGUCCUCCACAGGAAGGACAGCCCCAAUAUUUUCCUUUUCAAGCUGGCCGGGGUCAUCGCAUCCUUCACUGCCUCUGUUGGCAGUUUGUUUCUCACUGCGAUCGACCGCUACAUCUCCAUCCACAGGCCUAUGGCGUACAAACGCAUUGUGACAAAGACUAAAGCAGUCAUUGCCUUCAGUGUGAUGUGGACCAUCUCCAUUGUCUUCUCACUGCUGCCGCUGCUGGGGUGGAACUGCAAGCGUCUCAACUCUGUGUGCUCUGACAUUUUCCCACUAAUCGACGAGAAGUACCUGAUGUUCUGGAUUGGAAUGACGAUUAUCUUGGUCCUGUUCAUCAUCUACGCCUACAUGUUCAUCCUCUGGAAGUCCCACCACCAUGCUGUCCGCAUGCUGAGCCGCACCUCCCAGAGGAGUGUGAUUGUCUACACUGCAGAGGGGAACAAAGUGCAGACGGUGAGGCCCGAACAGGCCAGGAUGGACCUCCGUCUGGCUAAAACCCUGGUUCUGAUCCUGGUGGCCCUAAUAAUCUGCUGGGGCCCACUUCUAGCCAUCAUGGUUUACGACCUCUUUGGGAAGGUGAACGACUUCAUCAAGACUGUGUUUGCCUUUUGCAGCAUGCUCUGCCUGCUCAACUCCACCGUGAACCCUGUCAUCUACGCCAUGAGGAGCAAGGACCUGCGCAGGGCCUUCCUCAACAUCUGCCAUAUGUGCCGGGGGUCGACGCAGCCUCUGGACAACAGCGCUGAGAGCGACUGGAACAGCAGGAGUGUGAGAGGCACAGUGGGUGUGGCGGGGAAAGAUGGAGCUGCCUGCGGAAAAACUCGUGUAAAAGUAGCCCAGGUUACCGUUUCUGGGGUGACGGAGACUUCCACUGCAGAGCCGGUCUAAGAGACCAGCUGCCCUGCUCUGGUGCAACUGUGAAGUAAAAAUAAUGUAGAAUAGCCCCAACCCUCCU